AACGAGUUAAGAAUGUCGUUUAACACAACGCAAGAAUGCACCUUUCACAAAAUUGAAUUCCUUAAAAUUGUAAUUUGGCACAACGCAAAAGUGCACUAUGUAUGACAUUGAAUUGUUUAAAUUGAUAACUUGCAUAUUUAUAUUUACCUAUUAGUAUCUUCAAUUAUCCAACUUGUAAAACGUAUUUAGUGAAUACCCUAACUUGCAUUGUAAAAGUUUUAUAAGUAGUUUGCAUUGAAUUUGAGUGGUUGGCAACGCGCGUUGGUAAUGCAGCGCGCGCAGCUGACAUAUAGGUUGACAAAUGUCAACAAAGAAUUAUACAUACAUAAAAUUUUUCAAGUUUGUCGUGUGCGGUCGCAACCCAGAAAAAAUACCUUUGCGUUAAUCAAAAACAAAGAUUAUUGAAUAAAAUUGUACCCUAAAGUUCAAGUUCGGUAUCUUUUAUUUCGAGUCGCCAAAUCCGUGUCGGUAAGCGCGCCAGCCCACUCCCCUCGUUUGAAAGCCACGUGAGUUUGCGCACGGAAGCCGCCGCAACCCACGGGAGCACAACAGCCCCAUCCUCGCCAAACCAGCAUCCCCGCCGCGGGAAUACCGCAUCGCCGCCAGAAGGCAGUCACCGUCACCCUAGUAGCAGCGCACCAUCCAGCCACCACCGCCGCAACCUUCGCCGACCUUCAACCGCAACGCCAUCUCCGCCACUCCACGCCCGGAUCGCAGCACCCUAAAGAGGAGUAGAGCCCCCCUUAAUAUUGGUCCUUCGGCGCCAACAGAGAGCCGCACCGGUGGAAUAUCAUAACCCCAAAACCAAGUAUCCCCAGCAAAACCACUCCCCACUGAAAAUCGUAUUUCACCGGCUUACUUACAGAUGGAGAACGGCAACUCUAAUGGCGUCCCGAAACCUGCGCCACGAAGCAACAAUGGUGGCCCGACACUUACACCGCGCAGUAGCAGCAGCAUUCCUGCACCCAAACCGCGAGCUAGCAGCGGUGGUCCAACCCCGGCACCCCGUAUUGUACAAAAACCGCAAACAGAGGCCAUGGUUGUUGAUUCGGUUCCGGACACUCAGCCCGACGACGAAGGAGCGGACUAUCAGCGAUGCCGUUUGUGCGCACGUCAUCAUGCCCUGCGCGUAUGCCACGUAUUUCGCGCAAUGCAGCCAGCGCAACGCUAUCUGAUCGCUCGUGCACACCACUUCUGUACCAACUGUCUUGCGCUGUCACAUCACAGCAGUGAAUGUCCCUCCGCUGGCGUAUGCAAGCUUUGCGCCCAACGCCAUCACACCCUUCUUCACCGCAAGAACACCUCCCAAGCACAUCCACCGCCACGUUCAGCUCCAGCUUCAGCGCCACGCUCAACAUCGGCUCGACGCUCAAUCUCGGCACCAUCCAAAUCCGCAUCCUACCGCUUGCGCCGACCGCCCCGCAAUGGAGUCACCUCCAACGCAUAUCAGCAGCCUCAAAAAUUCCGGCACCCAAAGAAGGUUCGUCAUACCGCACGUAUAGUGCGUAACAUAGCACCUCGGGGCAGGGCGACACGGAGUCUGGUUAAGGAGGCGAUCCGAAAGCUACGGGAGUUGGAGAGUAGUCUAUCCGCUUAACGCGUCUAGGGGCGGCAGGAUAGUUAAACGAGUUAAGAAUGUCGUUUAACACAACGCAAGA